UCUGCAAAGCGCAAGCAUAAUCAGACGAGUAGUUGCCUGCUGAAAUAUCCACACUAAUUUCAUAGUUUUAGAAUUUAGCAGUGAAAUUCAAACAUGGGGAAUGACCAGUCAUCUGAAAUUAAUGAUUUGAAGAGCAAUGCAAGACAAAUGAGGAGCGAUGCAAGAGAGAGGGAAGAAGCUUUAGAAGUAUGGACUCGAGAGCAAACUGAAGCUAGGGAAGAGAGGGAGAGAGAAGCAAGCGAAGAAAGGGAAAGAGAAGCUAUGGAACAACAGCUGAAAGAUGAUCGCCACAAAAGAGAAUUAGAAAAACUUGCGAAUCAAUUAAAGCAGAUGGAUAUCGACCGAAAGAAUAAGGAAGACAUACAAGCUAGGGCAGAAGAAAUAAAACUAAGAAAGGAAAAGGAAGAAGAAAUAAGAAUAAUAGAAGAAAGAAUGAGAAAGGAAAAAGAAGAGAAAAUAAGGAUCAGAGAAGAAAAGGAAAGACAAGAAAAAUUAAGAGCUGAAAUAGAAAAAAAAAGGAUGCAAAAUAUCGCAGAACUGCGCGCCGAAAUCGAGAAAAUUAAACCUGGCGGAUCAUUUGAGUUUCCUGAUGACGAUAUUAAAUUUCCAAAACGCCUUAACAUAGGUCUGUAUGGGGCAACUGGGAUAGGUAAAACGUCCUUGAUGAACUCUUUGAAAUUCGCAGUAAAAGGUGAGUUGAAAGAAACUCACCGAGAGCAAGCCGCGCCAGACGAUUUUGAGGGUGGUCACACUACUCGACGAAUGGCAGUGAGGGUCACACGAUACCUGACGUUUGUGGACAAUCGAGGUAUAGGGGCGGAAGACAUUGUGAAGGAAGGUGCUGCAGAUGAACUCAUAAUUCAAUUAGAGGGAAAGCGCUCGUUUGCUAGUGAA